GUCCAGCUCCUGUGGCAUCCCCUCACCUGCAGACAAACACUAAAUAAAUCACUCGAUAUAAAAAGCAAUGGUUUCUGUUAAAGGAACGAUGAUGAAAGAGGUUAUUCAUGUAGAAUCAGAAAUGAUUUUAGUGUAAAUCAUAAAGGCCAAUUCAUUAUCUCUCAAUCAGCUAAUUGAUUGAUUGUUCUUGAUUUGUGUUCACUUUAUUUUACUCUAAAAACACAUUAAACGUAGCUCUGUUGUGAUUGGUCAACCACUUAGAGAUGUCCCGCCCCUUAGCCUACAAUGUGUUGAAGCACUAGCCAAUAGGAACGCGAGUGUUCCACUGUGAAGUCACUAUGUUCCGGAAGUAAACAAAGGAGUCCAAUGGAGGGGUGUUUGUAUAUCUAAUGAAUAUUAUGGGAUGUUUUCUGGUUGUUUUUCUCCCACAUGAGUGACUCACGGUUGAGCUCGGCAGCCACCAGCUCCAGCCGGUAGCUGGACUCCGGGAUGUUGGGCUGCAGAUUGGGCGAUAUGUUCAUCAGACGGCCAUCAGCGCUGAACAUCUUCAGGACGUGAUGAGGAGACGCCUCCGCCGCCGCCCGGAACAACGCUAAGGAACCACGGGAGGAAUCACAGUUAGAAAACCGCACAAAUACAACACAAUAUUUAGCUUUUCUUUCCACUGGUCAGCUGUUCUGGAAGCUAAACACUCGACGUGUCACCAGUGCUUCAUAUGUGCUGUUUUUUCCUCUUCACAUCUCAAGAGGAGCUGUCAGAGACACAUGCAGACCCUCAGCAGGCCUCAGCAAUGCCAUACUCAUUACCCUCUAUUACAAUUAACGGCAUGUCUGAAUAAAAAUGCAUGUAUGAGUUUUAGAUCUGCAGGAAAACCAGACUCACCUUUGACCUCUGCGGCAGAGCAGUCGGGGCUGAACUCUGCGAGCUCCGGCCGCCCGUUCACCAGGAAGUGGAUGAUCGUUGUUGUCAUCCCGGCUGCAGAAAUGAGAGUGAGACCCCUCUCUCUGCACACUGACAGGUACAGAGACGCCUGCAGCUGACAGAGAACCACCCACGUAUUACCAAACAUGCAUUCAGGACGCACACUCAGGGGCCUCAAAGACAAGGAACAUUAUCUAAGAGACACAAAAUGACCACAAGUGAUGGAAAACAACCCCCAAAAGAUACAUGGUGACCUCAAAAAGACUCAUGAUGACCUCAGAAAGACUCAUGAUGACCUCAGAAAGACUCAUGAUGACCUCAGGAAGACUCAUGAUGACCUCAAAAAGACAUCAAAUAAAGACAAAAGGUCCUUAAACAACUUAUAACACACACAUAGUGACUUUAAAGGUACAUAACAUGACUUAAAAAGAACCGUAAUUACCUAUGAAAGACAUGAAAUGACAACAACGAGACUUAUACGAUAUUGUAUCUGACAAUAGGUCUGUUCAAAUGUUUAAUGAAUGUCGUAUAUUAUAUUUAUAAUUAUUUAUUGUGUUAAAUUUCGAGUUUUACAACAAAACACACAGAUAUUUGGGGGGAUUUGGGCUGCACUAAUCUGCUAUAAAACCAUGUACUUUUAAUGUAUGGGUUACUAUUGACUCCCCUCCAACAGCAGGGGGGUAUGCUCAUCUAGAGUGAGUAAAUAAAACCAGAGAAGAAGAAAUGCUGUUUUGCAGCGGGUGUAGUGGCGCGCCGCUGCCGGCAGGGGUCGCCUUUCUGCGGCUUCAGUCACUGCAGUCUGUCCACCGACAUGCUGGGAUUUAUCGGGGAAAUAAAGGACGUUGUUAACCUCUUGAAUCACCAUGAAUAACGUGUGAACAGUCCGUGGGUGUGUGUGAUUAUUCAAACACGUGCGGAGGAGUAAAAGUAGUUUAAAGUGCCCAAAAGAAAGUGAGUUAUUGCCGGCGAGUAACGGUACUUUGUGGCCGGAGGAAGCGUCUCCUCUUCGGAUCUUUUCCUGGGAUCAUCCGGAGAUGAAGAGCAGCAGCCGGUGGUCCGGUGCUCCUUUCAGCUCAUCUGCUCCCUGCCUCCUGAAGAUACUGAGAGCAGAGUGAACAGGGUGUCCUGCAGCAGAUCCAGAUCCUGCACACUGUAAGAGUCCCCUGAACAAUCACAGGGGAAGAGGCCGGCUGCACACAGGCAGGCAUGGAGGAGGUGAGCAUGGAGUCUCUGCUGGAGCAGGUGAUGCAGAAGGACCUUGGGGGCAGGCUCCAGGUGGGGCAGGAGGUCACGGAGCUCAUCCUGGCUGAGGAGAGGAGCCCCGACCUGGAACAGGACCAGAGCUUGGUGGACCGCAUGGUGGAUGCUGUGGCCAGCUCUUGGGUCAACUCCAGCAACUUCAAGGUGGUUCUGCUGGGGAUGGACAUCCUGUCGGCUCUGGUCAGCAGACUGCAGGAGAGGUUCAGGACGCAGGUCGGGACAGUUCUGCCGAGCCUCAUGGACCGCUUAGGAGACGCCAAGGACCAGGUCCGGGACCAGGACCAGGCACUGCUGCUGAAGAUCAUGGACCAGGCUGCCAACCCUCAGUUUGUGUGGGAGCGCAUGAUGGGGGGCUUCAAACACAAGAACAACCGCACCAGAGAGGGCCUCUGCCUCUGCCUCAUCUCCACACUCAACGUGUUUGGAUCCCAGAGUCUGACGCUGAGUAAAAUCGUCCCUCACAUCUGCAACCUGCUGGGAGACCCCACCAGUCAGGUGCGUGACGGAGCGAUGAACUGCCUGAUCGAGAUCUAUCGACACGUUGGAGAGCGAGUCAGGAUGGACCUCGGGAAGAAAGGCCUGCCUCAGUCACGGCUGAACGUCAUCUUCAGCAGGUUUGAUGAAGUCCAGCGGUCGGGGAACAUGGUGCUGUCUCCGCUGUCCGACAAAGCGUUCGAGGACGAUGACUCGGGGGACGGCGUCCGCUCCUCUUCCUCGUCCAGAGGAGGCUCGCUGUGCGGGAAGAAGACUCUGAGCAUGGGCUCCUUCAGGAGGCCCGGCUCCAGCAGCAAGUCUGCAGGGAGGGAAGGCUCUGCAACCGGAGCGGUGGACGAGGAGGACUUCAUCCAGGCCUUCGAGGACGUCCCCAAAGUGCAGAUCUACUCCAACAGGGAGGUGGAGGAGGCCAUGACGAAGAUCCGGGACGUCCUGUCCGACGAUAAGAGGGACUGGGAGCUCCGGGUGGCGGCUUUGAAGAAGGUGCGCUCGCUGCUGCUGGCCGGCGCCGCAGAGUUCGAUGCGUUUCCGCAACAGCUGCGUCUGAUGGAGGCGGCGUUUAAAAUGUCCGCCAAGGACCUGCGCUCCCAGGUGGUGAGGGAGGCCUGCCUCACUCUGGGCCACCUGUCUCUGGUCCUAGGGGGUCGUUUCGAUCACGCUGCGGAGGCCAUAAUGCCCAUCCUCCUCACCCUGGUCCCCAACAGCGCCAAGAUCAUGGCGUCCUCCGGGACGGCCGCCACCCGCCUCAUCCUCAAGCACACCCACUACCCCCGUCUCAUCCCCAUCAUCACCAGCAACUGCACCUCCAAAUCUGCUGCUGUCAGAAGGCGCUGCUUUGAGUUCCUGGAGCUGCUGCUGCAGGAGUGGCCGACCAGCUCUCUGGAGAGACAUGGGACCGUUUUAAUGGAGACGAUAAAGAAGGGGAUCCACGAUGCCGACGCAGAGGCUCGCUCCGUGGCCAGGAAGUGCUACUGGAGUUACCAGGCUCACUUCCGGCGGGAGGCGGAGCAGCUGUACCUGAGUCUGGAGGCGUCCUAUCAGAAAGCUCUGCAGUCGCACCAGAGGGGCGGGGAGAACAGCGUGACAUCACUUCCUGCCUCCGACCGGUCCUCCUCCUCCUCCCAGGAGAGCCUCAGUCGACCCGCGUCUGGAAAAAAGACUUUUGGAAGCGGCUCGACAAGAACCAAAGCCUCCCACAGUCGCCCCCCGGCGGCAGCCCCCUCCCCCGCCUCCCUGCAGCGCUCCCGCAGCGACGUGGACGUGAACGCCGCCGCCUCGGCCACCUCCCGCAGGAUGCCCGCCGUGCCGUCCGCCUUCAGCUCCGCCUCCGCCCUCCCCCCCGGGUCCUACGCCUCGCUGGGUCGCGUCCGGACCCGUAGGACGAGCUCAGGAACCGGUCCCUGUGUGACGGACAGCCGGGGGCGCAGCCGGGGGAAAAUCUCCUCCCAGUCUCAGCCCGGCAGCAGGUCCGGCUCCCCCGGCCGGCUGCUGAGCUCCACAUACGGCCGGAUCCCGAGGCCGAACGUGGCCCCCCCCUCCGCCGGCAGCACCCCCACUGGCCUCAGCGACAAGAGCCGGCCCCGGGGCCACCGGAGCCAGGGCUGCAGCCGUGAGACCAGCCCCUCCCGGGCCGCCGCCGCCCGGAGCCGGAUCCCCCGCCCCAGCAUGAGUCAGGGCUGCAGCCGGGAAACCAGCUGCGAGAGCAGCCGUGACACCAGCCCCGCCCGGGGGUUCUCCCCCCUGGACCGGCUCUCCCAUCAGGCUCGGAUCUCAGCCUCCGUCAACGCCAUGAAGGUCCUGAAUACCGGCACCGAGGUGGAGGCAGCCGUCGCCGACGCUCUGCUGUUAGGAGACUCCAGGAAUAAGCGGCGCCCAGUGCGGCGGCGGUUCGAGUCCCCGGGGAUCUACUCGGAUGAAGACGCCAACAGCGAUGCCUCCUCCGCCUGCUCCGAGCGCUCCUACAGCUCCCGUAACGGCAGCGCAGCGCCUCACUUCCUGCGGCAGACGGAGGACGUGGCGGAGGUGCUGAACCACUGCGCCAGCUCCAACUGGUCCGAGAGGAAGGAGGGGCUGCUGGGCCUGCAGAGCCUGCUGCGCAGCCAAAGGAUGCUCAGCCGGGUGGAGCUGAAGCGGCUGUGUGAGAUCUUCACCAGGAUGUUUGCGGACCCCCACAGCAAGGUGUUCAGCAUGUUCCUGGAGACGCUGGUGGACUUCGUGCUGCUGCACAGGGACGACCUGCAGGACUGGCUCUUUGUGCUGCUCACCCAGCUGCUGAAGAAGAUGGGGGCCGAGCUACUGGGCUCCGUGCAGGCCAAGGUGCAGCGGGCCCUGGACGUCACCAGGGAGUCGUUCCCCUACGAGCAGCAGUUCAACAUCCUGAUGCGCUUCAUCGUGGACCAGACGCAGACGCCCAACCUGAAGGUGAAGGUGGCCAUCCUGCUCUACAUCCAGGCCCUGGCCCGCCUCAUGGACCCCGCAGACUUCUGCAACUCCAGCGAGACGCGCCUGGCCGUCUCUCGCAUCAUCACCUGGACCACCGAGCCCAAGAGCUCCGACGUACGCAAGACCCUCCACAGCUGGGCAGGGGAGGAGGUCUCAGGUCGACCCAGCACUGUGUCCUCUCUGCCGGGGGGGGGGGACCUGGAGGAGAGGUGUAAACAGGCAGCUCAGCUGGUGCUGAUCUGUCUCUUUGAGCUGAACACUCCUGAGUUCACCAUGCUGCUCGGCGCUCUGCCCAAAACCUUCCAAGACGGGACCACCAGACUGCUGCACAACCACCUGAGGAGCAGCAGCGCACACAUGGCGUCCACUGGCUCCCCUGCAGGACGGCCUCCCGCUCGCCCCCCUGGUCGUAGCAGCCCCCUGACCUCCCCCACAAACUGCUCCCAGGGGGGGCUGUCUCCCAGCCUGCUGGAUCUGGACGGGGAGAACGUGAACUCGGAGGAGAUCUUCAGCUCGCUGCGCGGCGUCACCGAGGCCAUCCAGAACUUCAGUUUCCGCAGCCAGGAGGAGCUGACGGAGCCCAGGAGGGACGCCAAGGGGGGUGUCGCAGACUUGGAGGUGGUGGGGGGGGGCCGCACGGCACUGGACAACAAGACGUCUCUGCUGAACAUGCCCCCCCCGCGUUCCUUCUGCGGGCCGCGCUUCAGAGACUACAACCCGUACAACUACUGCGACAGCAUCGCAGCGCUGGACAAGGCGGCGCUGCAGGAGGACGCCGGGGGGGGGCCGAACGACGGAAGCAGACAGGAGUGUGUGGAAAACAAGAUGAACCCCAAGAGUUUCCCAGCGGGCCCCGCGGAGCAGCUGCAGCUGGUGGGAGAGCUGCUGAAGGAGCUGUCCCAGGGCCAGGCGGGGGAGCGGGGCCCCGAGGAGCGGCGGGGGACUCUGCUGGAGCUCCUCAAAGUGUCCCGGGAGGACAGCCUGGUGGUGUGGGAGGAGCACUUCAAAACCAUGCUGCUGCUGCUGCUGGAGACGCUGGGAGACAAAGACCACACGAUCCGGGCGCUGGCGCUGCGAGUCCUGAAGGAGAUCCUGAGGAACCAGCCGGCGCGCUUCAAGAACUACGCCGAGCUCACCGUCAUGAAGACGCUGGAGGCGCACAAAGACUCCCACAAGGAGGUGGUGCGUGCCGCGGAGGAGGCGGCCUCCACCCUGGCAGCCUCCAUCCAGCCGGAGCAGUGCAUCAAGGUGCUGUGCCCCAUCGUGCAGACGGCCGACUACCCCAUCAACCUGGCCGCCAUCAAGAUGCAGACCAGGGCCAUCGAACGCAUCACCAAGGAGCCGCUGCACCUGCUGCUGCCCGACAUCAUCCCUGGGCUGCUGCAGGGCUACGACAACACGGAGAGCAGCGUGAGGAAGGCGAGCGUCUUCUGCCUGGUGGCCAUCUACUCGGUGAUCGGAGAGGAGCUGAAGCCCUACCUCGCCCAGCUCACAGGAAGCAAGAUGAAGCUGCUCAACCUGUACAUCAAGAGGGCUCAGACGUCCACCAGCAACAGCAGCAGCUCCUCCGACAUCUCCUCCUACUAACACCUCCUCUUCCUCACUCCUUCCAUUCCCUAAACCCUCCUCUUCCUCCUCACUCCUUCCAUUCUUAAAACCCUCCUCUUCCUCACUCCUUUCAUUCCUUAAACCCUCCUCUUCCUCACUCCUUCCAUUCCCUAAACCCUCCUCUUCCUCCUCACUCCUUCCAUUCUUAAAACCCUCCUCUUCCUCACUCCUUUCAUUCCUUAAACCCUCCUCUUCCUCACUCCUUCCAUUCUUAAAACCCUCCUCUUCCUCACUCCUUACAUUCCUUAAACCCUCCUCUUCCUCACUCCUUCCAUUCCUUAAACCUUCCUCUUCCUCCUCACUCCUUUCAUUCUUUAAACCCUCCUCUUCCUCUCUCCUUCCAUUCCUUAAACCCUCCUCUUCCUUACUCCUUCCAUUCCUAAAACCCUCCUCUUCCUUACUCCUUCCCUUCCUAAAACCCUCCUCUUCCUCACUCCUUCCAUUUCUUAAACCCUCCUCUUCCUCUCUCCUUCCAUUCCUAAAACCUUCCUCUUCCUUCUCACUCCUUCCAUUCCUAAAACCCUCCUCUUCCUCACUCCUUCCAUUCCUAAAACUCUCCUCCUCUUCCUCCUCAUCCCUUUCCAUUCCUCUAAUAUCUUCCAGAAAACCCUCCUCUUCCUCACUCCUUCCUUUCCAAGACCCUUCUCUUCCUCCUCCUCCCUUCCCAUUCCCUCCUGCUGAUGAAGCUGAAGUCGUCCGGAUGUUUCUGCACAGUCUUCCUAAACUCUUCCUCCUCAUGAGCCUUAAAACCUUUAUUGGACCCCCUCCUCCUUCUCUUCCUCCUCUUCGUCUCUCUUGCUUUGACACAUCAAACUGUCCUGUGGUGAAUGUAAAGAGCUCUGAAUGUGUCCUUCCUGAGCAAAGACAGUCUCUGACGGGCUGAAAAACCCAGGGUCCAGCUGAAGAGUGAAAAACAAUCUGCUUUUAUUUUGAAAAUCUGGCCUUUUUUAAAACGUUUCCCUGAAGAAAAGAGUUUGAUUUCCUGCUGUGUUCCUCAGUAAUGUUCAUGUUAGUUUAGGGAUCAUUUGGCUGGCCAAUGGUUUGACUUGUUGGCACCAGUAGUGACAUUAAUCAGCUAAAAUCACAUUUAGCAGUAAUAUAUAAACCAAUGAAUAGGAUCCGAUCUCUUUGCACUCUGCUGAAUUAUAAAUCUCUUUUAUUUUGAAAUCCACAUAAUUAACAGAGUCUUAACGGGCUGUAGGAAUCUAAUUCAGAAACAAGACAAAAUAUUUUAAACAAUCACAAUGUCAACAUUAUUCAUUCAUAUUAAAAUAACCGCUAAUUAUAAUAUUUGUAUUAAUAUCUAUUUAUUUUGUAAACACCAAAAAUCGGCCUCUUUUUAUUUAAAAUCCACAAAAACGUGUGAUCUUGUUUUAUAUAUUUUUUCUCAUUUAUCACUAUAAUUAUUACUUCAUAAUAAUUAGAUAAAUGAUCCCAAAGUUUUUCAGCAUUCCUUUAAUUCUGAUAUUUAAUUUAUAAGUGAAAUAAAUACUUACAACACAGAAUUACAAUAGGGACCAAGCACAUUAAAUAUAUAUUAAAAAAUAAUUGAGUGGAUUUUUAACAACUUAAUUAAGGAGUCAUAAUAAUAAUAGUGAAUUUUAUGUCAACACUACUGUGAUUAUUCCAAACUACUGUAAUAUAACGUAUGUAUCACACUCACAAACUCACCUAUUAUUGCUGUUUUAUUUUAUUUCUGCUUUAACGAGAUUUAACGAGCAGUUUUGGGGGAGAAAUUCCUCUGGAUCAACUGUUCCUAAAUUGAAUGUAAACCACUUUUAAAAUGUGAAAAAUGCGUCUCUGAAUCUGACCACGAAUGCUAAUUGAAUUGAAGUGCCAGCGAGACGGGGAAGAUGAUCUUCGGACAUUAGCAAUAAACCCUGAGAAACCCAGCGUGGAAGCACUGGUUCACUGUACAGCUCUUACUUUGAUGUGUGCACCUAUAACGAAAUGUACCUGCUGCUUAUUAUAACACUAACAUGCGCCUGAACACUGAAAGUCCUCCGACUGAAGGGAAGUAUUAUAUGAAAAGAUUAAGACCACUCUUGUGCAUGUAGAUAUAAAGCAGCUGCAGAAUAACCAGAUUUCUCAUGAAAAUAAAGCAUAUUUGCUGCAUUAAAGUUCAUUAUAAGGCUUAAUGCAUCCUCUGGGGCCCUGGGAUUGUGGUUAAUGCUGCCUUUGUUUGUUAAAAAAGUUAAACCAAGGCUAGGUGGUAUUAUCCAGAGUAUUUGGAUGCUUUACUGACAUUAAAGUGCUAAUACUACACUUUAAAAAUACUAUAUUCACUAAAGAAAUAACAAAUAAUGAAGUAUAAUCAGCUAAAAUGUCAUUAAAGUAUAAAACUUUAAAGUACCUGUUGCAGAAAAAGGCUCAAUCUGAAUCAAUUUUGAUGUCUACUCAUGUCACUUGAAUUCAGCACAAAAUGCUUCAUGUUCAAUGUUUACAGAAAUACAAUUCGGAUCCUGUCCAAAUGUUAAAUCCUUCCCCUUUAGACCGUGCCUCACCUGUCCACCCAGUCUCAUGACAAUCAGACAGGUAGUUUUUCUAUAGUCAUCCUCUAAGAAACACACUAAAAACAUGGCGAAGGUUCCAAACCAUGCUAACAGUUUCCCUCUGUUUCCAGUCACUAUGCUAAGCUAAGCUAGGCUGCUGGCUCCUUACUGCACAGACACGAGAGUGGUUUUAAUCUGAAUGUAGGCGAACGCUGUCUCUGAGCAGACGCGUGAAGGACGCCGUUACUGCAGAUCUCCAGGCCUUAGUGUAUCUCUAAACUCAGAACUGGGACUGUUAAUGUACAGUUGGAAUGUGUCCGUCCAGCGGCCCGCUGUUAGCCGGCUGCAGGAAACCCAAUCUCCCUUUACUGUUUUUGUACAGAGAUUUGAGACACGUCUGCAUGCUCCACAGGAACCAUCAGAACCAGUCGUUCUGGCUGAAAAACAACUGGUUUCCUGAAAGUGUGCCUUCGGGUAAAUCCUGGCAAUAACCUGUGCACCGCUAACCCGUGCUAAGCUAACACUGUAAAUACGCUGGUGUGAUUUUCCACUGAUGCAUGGCUGCCCUUUAGUUUGAUUUCACGCUACUCUACAUGUAUGUGUUCCUGCGUAUGGCUGUAUAUAUUUACAUGUUUGGUGAUAGACUUGAAAUAAACUAUCAGACUUCUA